ACCAAACGGAGCGGGAAAUCCCCGAACGCCUUUCUCCCACUCUGCUUAGUGCCUCCGGCGUUAUCGCGUGCUCGAAAGAAACCAUGAUAACAAUCACCAGUCGGCCUACAUAUUUAUGCUCUUGUCCAAGUGCCUUCUCCUCGGCGAGGGGGUCGCAGUGUAUUCUGUGCGCUGACCUGCGGAGUCUGCUGCGAUCCCUCAAUAAUGGCGUCGAAAUUGCUCCAACUAAUAUCGGUCGAGAACAACAAAUAUAAUGGGGUGGAGACAAACCACUUGAUCAACCCCGACAUUGUUCCAAUGCCACCCUCACGGAGGACAUGGGGAUAUAUUGCUUUCUUGGGUUUCUGGGGAAUUACCAACCUCACGGCGGUUUCGUGGACAACGGGUUCGUCGCUGCUAUCCACAGGCCUAUCAGUCUGGGAGACCAUGGUUGUUCUAGUUAUCGGGCAGGGUUUGGUUACAUGCCUUGCAUUGGCCAACGGGUGGACUGGUGCAGAAUGGCACAUUGGCUUCACUGUUGCGCAGCGCGUGACUCUAGGAAUAUAUGGCUCGUACAUCGGGAUCGUGAUUCGAAUCGUACUCUCCGUUGUAUGGUAUGCGUCUCAAGCAUGGUUAGGUGGACUGUGCUGUGCUGCAGUUGUCUCUAGUUGGAGCUAUUCGUUUCUUACUAUGAAGAACACACUGCCUGAAAGUGCGCAUAUGCAAACGAGGGAUUUGAUUGGGUUUUUAAUUUUCCAAGUCAUUUCUUUCCCCCUUAUGUUGAUACGGCCGGAGAAGUCGAAGAAUCCAGUUGCUGUGUCCAAUAUCAUUGCUUUCUGUGUGCUUGCCGGAAUUGCCAUUUGGGGAGGCAAAGAAGGGGGAGUUGGACCGCUUCUACAUCAAGGUCAGAAAGAUCUCUCUUCAUCAGAGCGUGCGUGGGCUUGGUUAUACGGCAUCACCUCGGUCAUUGGUAGUUUAUGCGCGGGCAUCAUGAACCAAUCAGACUACAGUCGUUUUGCGGUGCGGCCAAAGGUUCAGGUACCCGGUACUUCAUUCUCCUUAUUUAUACUUGGAGUCAUCGUUCCGUUGAUGGGCAUCGUCACGGCUUCUGCCACGGUGACCAUAUACGGGGGUGAUCCAAUCUGGAACCCGGUAGACAUCAUUUUCAAGUGGAUGACGGAAGAAUAUAAUGCGAAGAGCCGUGCCGCUGCUUUCUUCAGUGGUUUAGCAUUGACAUGUGCGCAGCUCAGUAUGAAUAUUCUCGGAAAUGGCUUUGCAGGAGGCAUGGAUUUGGCAGGACUUUUCCCUAAGUUCAUCAACAUUCGGAGAGGAUGUGUAAUCACUGCUCUUCUUUCCUGGGUAGUACAGCCGUGGUUGAUGUAUAAUACAUCGUCCACAUUUGUAGCCGCUAUGUCCGCCUUCUCAGUGUUCCUCGCACCACUGACGGGAAUUAUGAUAUGCGAUUACUUCUUCCUGCGAAAGCAGCGCAUCCAGCUUUCAGCACUAUAUACGAGAGAUCCCGGGGGCGCAUUUUGGUACACCCUCGGCGUUAAUUGGCGCGGAGUAUUAACUUGGGUAGUCUGUUUUGCACCCGCGUUACCUGGAAUGAUUGCUGAGUUGAGUGGCACCGUCAAAGUCAGCAAGGGAGCUACCUACUACUACUACGCAAACUACAUUUUUGGAUGGUGCGAGGCUGUGUUCCUCUAUUAUGUUCUGUCAAAAAUAUUUCCACCCGCUGGCGUUGGGCUGACGGACGAACGCGAUAUAUACGGCACGUUCGACAAGGAGACCGCCUUGCGGAAGGGGAUCACCCCAUUCCAAGGGCUUAGGGUUGUAGACGGGGAAGAGACACAGGACCGCGACUCAACAGCGACAAUUGAGGCUACGAAUGGAUAUUCUAAAGGUGCGCAUGCGGAUGAGCGUGCUGUACCCGGGUCUAUAUAGAUAGGAACCGGCGAAUUUGGCCGUCAUUGUUAAACGCAGAUGUCCACAACUCUACUAAACCUCCUAUCUAAUCUAUCUAUUUACAUACCUGUUCGCUUUUGUUUUGAACUACACAUUCGUUUUUCAUACUGCAAUGUCCAUAAAAUGCGCUUACGAGACAAGACAUUCCCUGUUCGCCGAUUCAAUACAGACUCUCGUCACGAAAUGUAUCCCUCGGUAUCUAAUGCAAAACCUACGACCUUCAGCA